AUGCCUCGUGUGGGGGCAAGCGUUGCUGCAGCAGCUGCAGCAGCAGCAGCAGCAGCAGCAGCAGCGGAGAAAACGCCCGGUGCUUCAGUGUUCCGCGCGCGGACGCGCAAGCAGCAGCAGCAGCAGCAGCAGCAAGAUGAGCAGCAGCAGCAGCAGCAGCAGCAGCAGCAGCGAGUCUUAAGCCCGCAGCUUACUCCUAUAGAGCGCCGCUUGACUCGUUUGUCUCUCCGCACCUGUCCCUCUACUGCAGCAGCUCGAGGAUGCAGCAGGCAGGGCCCUUCUGCUGCUGCUGCUGCUGCUGCUGCUGCUUCUCCCUUGGCUUCCAGAGAAAGCAGCGCUGCAACGCCCACUAAACACAGCAAAAGCAGCAGCAACAGCAGCAGCAGCAGCAGAUGCAAGACCCCUGUGUCUUGUCGUCGCCAGCCUAGAGCUCGCGUGUCUCACUCUACAGGUGCAGCAGCAGCAACAGCAGGAGCAGGUGCUGCUGCUGCUGCUGCUGCUGCCUCGGGCUGCUCCUCUUGUGUCUCCACCUCAGCCUCUUCUCCCGUUACGCGAAGGCAAGGGGCAGCAGCAGCAGCAGCAGCAGCAACAGCAACAGCAAAAACAACAACAGCAGCAGCAACUGCGACGGCGGACAGCCUCAGCCCAAGGCGCCCUACAACGCACACCAGCAGCAGCGGCAACAGCAGCAGCAACAGCAGCAGCAGCAGCAGCAGCAGCAUUGUCUGGGAGUCUAUUGUUUUGUUGUUUGUUGCGGACUUGUGGGAGCGGCUGCAGUUAAACGGCGUCGUCGGAGCAGCAGAGCGAUUUACGCGGCUCUCCAGUAGAAGCCCCAAGCUGUGUCGGGCAAUAGAGGAGAAAUUAUCUGAAUUGCAGACAGAGGCUGCUGCUGCAGAUGCUGCAGCAGCUGCAGCAGCUGCAGCAGCAGCAGAGACAAGAAGAGCAGCAACAGCAGCAGCAGCAACAGCAGCAGCAGCAGCAGCAACAGCAGCAGCUGCUGCCGCCAGAUGCGAGUCUUCUCUGCUUCGCAGCAAACGGCGGCAGCCUCUCGAUGUUGCUGCUGCUGCUGCAGCAGCAGCAGCAGACAGCAGCAGCCCCCAAACACCACAACAGCAGCAACAACAACAGCAACAGCAGCAGCAGCAGGAUGAGGGUGGUUCUUGUAGCCCUGUUUCUGCUUUUUCUGCUUCUUCUGCUGCUGCUUCUGCUGCUGCUUCUGCUGCAGCUUCUGCUGCUGCUUCUGACUGGAGUUGCGGUGUAUCACCUUUAAUAAAAGCUGCUCGCUGCAGCGAGGGUUUUUCGUCUGUCUCUGCAGCUGUUAGAAGAAAACCCCCGCUGCUGUAUGCACUUGAGUCUGAGUUAUAUAACCCUGAAGCACCUCCUACACUUCUUUCUCUCUCCCGCAGCGUCAAUGAAAACGCAGAAGAUAAUCCUUCUAGCAGCACUCCAGGGACCCCUGGCUGCGCAGCAGCAGAGUUGGAGGGCAAUGCUCGAACGCCUCAGAGCCUGUGCAGCACAGCGCCUUCUCCUGCUGCUGCUGCUGCUGCUGCUGCUACUGCUGCUGUUGCUGCUGCUGCCCUCACCCCGGCUGCUGCAGCAAAGGAGCAGCUGCGGCGCCUACGCGCAAAGGCAGGCGAAGACACGCAGCAAACCAACACCAGCAGCAGCAGCAGCAGCAACAACAGCAGCAGCAGCGACAGCAGCAGCAACAGCAGCAGCGACAGCAUCAGCAGCAGCAGCACUUGCGGCAAAGGCCCAGAUGCCGCUGCAGCAGGCAGCGAGGUAUCUCCUGCUUCUGUGUGCCCCUCCCCUCCGUCAGCAGCAGCAGCAGCAGCAGCAGCAGCCGCAGCAGCAGCAGCAGCAGCAGCAAGAUCCCCUCAAGUAUCUUCUUCCGCUUUGACUGAGGAGCAGCAGCUUGUUCCUUGUUGCAGCAUGGAUUCUCUUGCAGCAGGUUUGCUGCUGCAGCAGCUACCGCACUCUGAUGCUGCUAUCCGCAGCAGAAGAGACAGUAAAAGCAGCAGCAGUUGUGUUUCAUCUACUCAAUCAAUUCGUAAGGGUUUAGCUAAUCUAAGGGGCCCCCGUACCCUCACCACCAGACGCCGCAUUACUGAUGGGGGCCCCUUAGGGGCCCCUGGGGCCCCCGUUACCUUAGGGGCCCCGGGUGGCCCCCCAGGGGCCCCAUGCAGCUUGGGGGCCCCAGGGGGCCCCCCAGGGGCCCCUGGUACCCUGGGGGCCCCAGGGGGCCCCUCGGGGGCCCCUGGGGGCCCCCCUGGGGGUAUAUUAGGAAGUGGAUUUCGGCGAUCUGCAUGCAGCAUUGGUGAUGAUGAGGGUACAGUUUGCGGUAUGAGUGUAGGGGGCCCCACAGGGGCCCCAACAUCCGUUGUCGGGGGGGCCCCAUUGGGGGCCCCUUUAGGGGCCUCUAUUGGAGGGGGGGCCCCUAGUUUAAGUCAGAGAGCAUGCGAUGUAAUCGGAGUCGGGGAAGAAUACAAAGUAUUAUCUCAAGAGCUGCCUCACGGCUACCUCUUAAAUGAUAAAAUAAGUUUAAGUUGCUGGCUGUAUGCAGCAGAGUCCUUUCAGCAGAUGGGUAUUAUAGCACCUGUGUCUCCUUCUUUAGCUGUCUCUUCAUCUAUAGGGGGCCCCCUAGGGAGGGGCCCCCUGGGUACCGGGGGGGGCCCCCUGGGUACUAUGGGGGGCCCCCUGGGUACUGGGGGGGGGCCCCUGGGUACUGGGGGGGGCCCCCUGGGUACUGUGGGGGGCCCCCUGGGGGGCCCCCUGGGGGGCCCCCGUAUGAAUAGAAGAGGUAGACAUAGCUUAGGCUGUGGUAUUAGGAGAGGAAGCCUUGGUGUCUCUUCUUCUUUGUUAUUUUGCUCGCAGAAACGAAGUCAGGCAUGGGAGUUGCAGCUGUCUCCUUCUUUGGUGGAGGCAGCAAGCCGACGUCUGCAGCAGCAACUAAUGGAGAGCGACAUAAAGGGGCACUUUAGCAGAGGCCUUGAAGCAUAA